AUGGUCUCUCCAACGCAAGCCGUUCUUCGGCGCAAGAUGAUCGGACACGGCGCGUGGAUGAUUCUGUCCAGCCUCGUGGGCGGCCUGGGCCUGUGGUGCUUCCUUCUGGGCGGCUUUGAGGUCAUUCCCGGACGAGUCGUCCGCUUUGGCCUUCCCGGAAGCGAGGCAGGCUGGGUUCGAUGCCACACGGGCCCAGUUGCCAACGGAUUCAUGGUCAUCGUGACCGCCCUGGGCAUCCCGUACCUCGACCUUCCCGAAUCCAAAGCAGAGUGGCUAGGCUGGAUUGUCAUGAUGGACGGCUGGUCGAACGUCGGCUUUUAUUUCUUCGGCAACCUCUCCCCGAACCGCGGACUGGCAUUCGGACGGAGCCGGCUCGGGCCAUCCAACGUCUUCAGCUUUUUGGCCCUUUUUCCUGCCUAUCUCUUUGGUGUUCUUGCCAUGGGUGCAUUCACCAUGCUAGGCUACCACGCUCUCUUCGGCCCUAAGAACAGCAAAGAAGCGAGCUCAAAAGCGAUUUGA